CAGCCUAAAAUUGUCCGGUGUUCCCUGAAUGCACCAUGAAGAAACUGUUGUCAACAGAGACGUCGCUAACAUUCCUGACUAACUUCUGACUGAAUGUGACUAUUGACUUGAUUUCCCGAUCGGAAAACCCGGGAGAAAAUGCUGGGCGCCAUCUGGCAGUAUGUGUUCGCGUCCUUCCUGCGACACUGGCUGAAGUGGCUGAUCCGGCAGGCCACCGGGACCUGUGAGCUCCAGAGGAUCCUGGCUGGGUACAAGCCUGGAGCCACCAGGACUUUGAAGACUGAAUAUUCUCUCAAUUCAUCAAAAAGCCCGGUUUUAAGAGCCUCGCUGAAAGGCAGCGACGAUGAUUUGGAAAAAUGUGUGGGCGCAAUAAUGGAGGCGAAGAAUGUCAAACAAGAGAAAGAUCCACAGUUCAAGGAGAAACUUCACACCUCAUUGCUGCAGAUCCGAGGAUACACAAGUCUGUAUACAUCGGUGGAAGACAUGAGGAAAGAAGUUUUCUGCUCGGAGAACCAGGAGCACGAGGCCAUGCUGCUGAAGCUGUGGGACUUGCUGAUGCCAACAGUCAAACUGGAGUCCAGAGUGACCAAACAGUGGGGAGACAUUGGAUUCCAAGGUGACGACCCGAAGACGGACUUCAGAGGAAUGGGUCUGCUGGGACUCAUGAACCUCCUCUUUUUCAGUCAAAACUACACAGAAGAAGCUCGGCAGGUGCUGUCACAUGCGAACCACCCGAAGCUGGGGUAUUCCUACGCCAUCGUGGGGAUCAACCUGACGGAGAUGGCCUACAGUCUGCUGAAGAGCGGCGCCUUGAAGCCCCACUUCUACAACACAGUCCCAGGUCUGCCGGAGGUCAGGCACUUCCACCAGCUCUACUGCUACCUGGCGUUCGAGUUUGACAAAUUCUGGAUCACAGAAGAGCCUGAAAGCAUCAUGCAGUUCAAUCUGUACAGAGAAAAAUUCCACGACAUUGUUCGAGCUCACCUGAAGGAGCCCGACGUGUCUCUGACUCUGACCAAGUAGCUCAGUCUUUGCAAAUGUUUCCAGCAGGUAAGUCGAAGGUCAGGCAGGAAUAAAGGUCAAGAAAAGACAGAGUCAUAACAGCGUGUAUGUUCUGUUUGGUCUUUGUUCCAAAUGUGGAGCUCAAGCUCGGAUACUUUCACCUGACAGCUACGAUAUAUAACAUCACCUUUGACAGUGAGUGAAAAAUCUAUUUGCACUGAACACUUUUUUUACCGUGAUUUCCUGAGUAGGUCAGAGGUCGUGUGAAUUCACACUUUGACCCCUGAAUGACCCCUCUAACUCUUUUAAUGUUGGUUUUUCGGAGCUGUGACACUUGGAACGACAAGUGGUCAAAUGAAAUACCCAGUGUCUCAGUGGGAAACAUGGUGGACAACUGCAAAGCUCACCAGCUCAUCGAGACGCCUCGGGCUGAUCGUAAAGUCUCCACCAUCUGUGAUCGGCUCCAGUGCUCGCUCACGUGUGCUUUUUAAAAUGACUGAGAAUCUGUAAAGAAGGAUUUUAAAACUUUGUCAAACUAUAGAGCAUUGGUUUGUUGUGUACGUUUGCCUCAGAAUAACCAUCAUUCCAACCAGUGCUUCAGUGGUUUCAUUGAACAAACAGUGCUAUUGUUUACAGUGGAAAAAAAAGUACAUUUAAUUUAAUUUUUUCUUUUUUUUUUAAUUUGUGACACUUGUUUCCUGAAGCUGUGUGGGUGCUCUGGAAUGUGAGCUGUUGCCCUGAACAGGAAGCUUUUCUGGAGCCACACUAAUAAUAAAGCGCUGAUGUCGUCUUUA